AUGAUGACCCCCGAGCGCGCUGCUGUUGAUGGGCGUGAGCGGCUCCGGGAAACUGAAGAAGACUUUCGUGAAAAUGAGAAUACAUCAAGACACAGCUCACUAAGGGGCAGAGCUGUGCAAAGCAGAGCGCCGGGAAACACCAAUCAGGGUGAAGAACAGGUAACAAUUGAAGAUAACUUGGAGGAUGAUCAAGAGAUACAUGAAGAAGGGUUUCUGGAAAAGAAAUGUAGCAGAAUUUGUGAUUUUUGUAAGAGACACAAAACCAUUUUUCGCUACAUCUUCUGGGGUGUUUUAUUAGCAGGUUACCUCGCUGCGGUGACUGCAGCUUGUGUGAUCAACUUCCACAGAGCCCUCCCUCUCUUUGUGAUAACCGUGGCUGUCAUCUUCUUUGUAACCUGGGAUCACUUUAUGGCCAAAUAUGAACAGCGAGUUGUUGAGUGCCUGUCCCCUGGGCGAAGAUUGGUGAACAACCACUGGUUCUGGCUGAAGUGGGUUAUUUGGAGCGCACUGAUCCUUGGGAUUAUUUUAUGGCUAGCCUUGGAUACUGCCAAACUGGGCCAACAGCAGCUGGUGUCAUUUGGGGGACUUAUAAUGUACAUUGUUCUGGUAUUUCUAUUUUCCAAGCACCCAACCAAAGUUUACUGGAGGCCUAUCUUUUGGGGAAUUGGGUUACAGUUUUUUCUUGGACUCUUAAUUCUAAGGACUAAACCUGGAUUUAUGGCUUUUGAUUGGUUGGGCAAACAGGUUCAGACGUUCUUGGAGUAUACUAAUGCUGGCUCUUCUUUCGUCUUCGGUGAGAAAUACACAGACCACUUUUUUGCAUUUAAGGUCCUGCCCAUCGUGGUUUUCUUCAGCACUGUGAUGUCUAUGCUGUACUACCUGGGGUUGAUGCAAUGGAUCAUUCGAAAGGUUGGGUGGCUAAUGCUUGUUACUAUGGGAUCAUCCCCAAUUGAGUCUGUUGUUGCAGCUGGCAAUAUAUUCAUUGGGCAGACAGAAUCUCCACUUAUGGUCCGACCGUAUUUACCACAUAUCACCAAGUCUGAACUUCAUGCAAUCAUGACUGCUGGGUUCGCAACCAUUGCUGGAAGUGUCUUAGGCGCAUACAUUUCUUUUGGGGUCUCUUCCUCUCACUUGUUAACUGCUUCAGUUAUGUCUGCACCUGCCUCAUUAGCUGUGGCUAAACUCUUUUGGCCUGAGACAGAAACACCUAAAAUAACUCUCAAGAAUGCCAUGAAAAUGGAACAUGGUGACUCUAGGAAUAUUCUUGAAGCAGCUUCCCAAGGUGCAUCCUCCUCCAUCUCCUUGGUGGCAAACAUCGCUGUGAAUCUGAUAGCCUUCCUGGCCCUGUUAUCAUUUGUGAACUCAGCUCUUUCCUGGUUUGGAAACAUGUUUGACUACCCACAACUGAGCUUUGAGAUAAUAUGCUCCUACAUUUUUAUGCCCUUUUCAUUCAUGAUGGGAGUCGACUGGCAUGACAGCUUUAUGGUCGCUAAACUCAUAGGCUAUAAGACAUUCUUCAAUGAAUUUGUGGCAUAUGAGCAGCUCUCAAAACUGAUCAAUUUAAGAAAAGAGGCUGGACCCAAAUUUGUGAAUGGCGUGCAGCAAUAUAUGUCGAUUCGUUCUGAGACAAUCGCCACAUACGCCCUCUGUGGCUUUGCCAAUUUUGGCUCCUUAGGAAUAAUGAUCGGCGGACUCUCAUCUAUGGCUCCUUCCAGGAAGUGUGACAUCGCCUCGGGAGCAGUGCGAGCUCUGAUCGCUGGCACCAUUGCCUGCUUCAUGACAGCCUGCAUUGCAGGCAUGCUCUCCAGCACUCCCGUAGACACCAACUGCCAACACAUUUUAGAAAGUGCUUUCAACUCCAGUUUAUCUAGAAACGCAAGCAGUGUGGUGUCAUGUUGCCAAAGUCUUAUGAGCAGCACUGUUAUCAAGGGUCCCGGUGAACUCAUCCUUGGAGGAAACCACAGUCUGCAUUCCCUGAAAGGGUGCUGCACUUUGUUGAAUCCAUCAACACUGAACUGCACUUGGAUUCCAAGUGUAUUUUGA